UACACUCGCCAUCCAUUGUAUUUUUAUCAUCAUCAACAAUCAACAUUAUUUUUAUUCGAAUUUUCGUCCCCGUGUAGUUCUGUCAAUUUGUGAAUAAAUUCCAUUCGUGAAUUAAUUAAAUUAUAUCAUUCGUUUUGUUUAGGUAGUAAUUGCCAAGCUGUGAUUCUGUUUAACCGGAUGUUCAGCCAAAUUUCUGUAGUUACCUACUCCUCCAGUAAUAUGAGUGACCGAAGACGCAGUGACCUCUCUAAUCAGCGUGAUGACUAUAACUCUCGAAGUCGAAGGAGUACAGACUUCCGCUAUCAAAGGCACCGAUCGGAAGAACGUAGUGACCUUUCUAACCAGCGUGAUGACUACUCUCGAAGGAGUACCGACUACCGUAGUCAAAGGCAUCGAUCCGAUGAAGGUCGCAGUGAUCUUUCUAGCCAGCGUGAUGACUACUCUCAAAGGAGUACCGAGUACCGUCGUCGAAGGCACCGAUCCGAAGAAAGUAAAGAACAGCUGAAACUUGUCGAUCAGGAAAUUGAGGUGUUCGAACGUCACGUCAAUCAGUUACGUGAUCGUCGUCAACAAUUGAUUGAAUCAGAUCGUGGAACUAGAUCACAUCAUCGCAUCGAACCAUUUCGAGAAGCAGAACGACAAAGAAGAGAAACCAGGCAACGAGAUGAUCGUAGAAAUUCCUUCGAUGAUCGACGAUUUGAGAAAAGAUUUCCGAACAUUUGUCACAAUUGUUUGUCUCGAAACCAUUACGGUUUCGCCAAGGAUUGUCCACGGAGAAAUCACGGAACCCGAUGUUACGAGUGUCGUGAAUUCGGACACAUUGGCAAAGAAUGCCCUGUCCGCAUUGCUUUGCAAACAAACUCAAAUUUAUAUAGUAGAUGAAUUCGGCGACGAUACGACGAAGGAAGAUACGACGAGAUAUUCAAAGAAGGAAGCUACGACGGUUAAAUCUGACGAAAGAAGAUACGACGAACAAAUCGACGAAAGAAGAUUCAACGAGGAAUCUGAGUCCUACCAUAGAACUCUUAUCCUGUAAAUUUUAUUUUGUUCUAAGUGACUAACUUCAAUACCACCAUUAUAAUUAUAAAUUGACCGACCAUCAGGUUAGGUAUGGUGAUGAUUAGUCUCUUCCUCUUGACGUGUAAUCUUUAUUGUCAAAAUAUUAUUCAUUAUAAUGAGGAUACCUAUGUU